AAACUAAACAAGCAGUAAACGGUCACACUAGCAAGUGGAAAAACCGAAGCCAAUUUUAAAUAUUGUAAACAAUCGUAGAAAAACGCAUUAAAAAUGGUUAAAAACGAGCCCAACUUCGUGGUGGAGCGCAUCAUGGACAAGCGCAUCACCAGCGACGGCAAGGUGGAGUACUACAUCAAGUGGCGCGGCUACACGUCGGCGGACAACACCUGGGAACCGGAGGAGAACUGCGAUUGCCCGAAUCUCAUCCAGAAGUUCGAGGAGUCGCGUGCCAAGUCAAAGAAACGCGGCGAGAAGAAGCCCAAGUGUGAGGAGAUUCAAAAGCUUCGUGGCUACGAACGCGGCCUGGAGCUGGCCGAGAUCGUGGGCGCCACAGAUGUGACGGGCGACAUCAAGUACCUGGUGCGCUGGCAAUUCUGCGAUGAGUUCGACCUGGUGCCAUCAGCUCAGAUAGCGGAGAAGGAUCCGCAAAUGCUGAUUGCCUACUUCCAGAAGAUGGCGCCCUACUCCCGGCACAUUGCGAACCGAAUGAAGGGCGUGCCGGAGGAGCUGCGUCUGGCGGCCUCGCGCACCAGUUAUCCGCACAUAAGCAGUGCGCCCGUCGAGGUGCCGCCGGAUGUGGAUCAGGCCGCUGAGUUGGCUGGACAUCUCGGUGGUAUGGCGCCACAGGUAGACCAGCAGGUGCCGCAGCACCAUACGCCCAUGGAUCUCGCCGAUGAUCCCGACGAUCUGGCCAGCGUUUCGUACUCGAUUCCAGUGCCCGGCGUUGGCGACAUUGCCAUCGAUGUGCCCAUGGCGGAAAACCAAUAAGAACUCCGGCAGAAUCGACUGUUCAGUGUUUAAUCUUAGCCCCUAAGUUAAUGCGUAUGUAAAGCUAUCUGUAACCACUGGGUUCGUCCAGAUUUAUGUGACCCAGCUGGCCGGAGCGAAAGAAGUGAAUGAACUUUCGCGCAGCCGCCAAUAAAUUUGUCAUAACCUCCA